GUCUGUUCCCGCCAGGUACUCCGUACCAGCCGUCCACUGGUACCCUAUCAGGACUAGCCCGUGCCGUCCAUGUCGGAAUCGGGCAGUAAGAACAACCAUCACUUGCGCAAUUGCUAAUUGCUGUGGUAACCUUGAAAGUCACGAUGGACGAUGGAGAGGGGCCCCCCUGGGACUUUCUUUGACUCAUGGAUUGAUUCAUGGAUGGACCACGACAGCUUCGAAGUUCGGACGGGCGAGGGCUGCUAAGCUAUAUAAGAGGGCGUGAGGGCGCACCCUCCUGCAGCCCAUGGCCUCGACCCGGCCUGUGAGAGAGAUGGUGUUGAACCUCGAGUACCUUUAAUAGUCUAACACCGUCAUCAUCUAUCACCGCUUCUUGUUGCCUCCCUCCCCCUCCGUGCCGUCCCGUACCGCUGCCUCGAGGCCGACCAACUCGAAAAAGGGCCAAUACGAGUUGCACCUCUCGGAUAACGUCGAUUACCGUCGUCUAGAUCGGGCCAACCACUUAGACCAAGGUGAAUAAAUAUCCCAGCUCGAGGAGCUGACGGAACACCAACGCACGGCGGUAAGCACCAGAUCUCACCCUCCCCCCAAAGAUAUCUCAUCCUUUGUUCUUUGUCCUCUCCACGGCUCUUAUCUCUUCACACCAACAAAUCUGCCGUUCUAACGGGUUUUGGUCACAAAGUAAAGAAGAGAAAACCCAGGGCAGACAGGAUACAGCUGUCAUUUUGGAGAGGCAGCUCAUACCCCUUUAUCGACUAUCCGUCGAAAGCUGAUCCCUCCAGACCGACCGCCCUUGGGACUAGAAAGGCCUCGCCCGCGAAGCAACGGACGAUAACACUGCUCGACUGCAUUCUUCAGCCCCCCCCUGAGAGCCAUUGGGCACCGUUCGCACUCUAGCCACUGCGGAUUGAUCGCCGACCAUUGACUGGAUUCAUUUUCUAGUCAACACGGUACGUCCGGUCUGCCCGGCUCCCCUUCCCCCUGUUCACCUGUGAACAUCACCUACAUUAUCUUUCCUUUUCACCCUGAUCACACCUCUUGAGAGCGGUGAACAAGUGCAUGGCCGGCCACCCAUCUGUUGAGGCUGCACAGACGAGUUGCAGGGGCCCAGUAAUGUUGCCAUGUGGGCCAUAUUCUCACUCAUCCACGUGCGUCGUCGUUUCUCGUACCUCGUGUACAUGCCAGUCUGGAUGCCAGCGCUCCCGAUAAGCAACCGCCAGCCAGUCAGGGAAACCCUGCUGGCCAACGACCGCUCCUUCUUUUGGUUGUGUUUCCCGUUGAAACAAAACACAUCUGACCGCUCGCGGCUCCUCUGCUAAGCGGUGGGGGGGCCGCCGGCCAUGGCUUGACCCGGGUUGGCCGUCUGAGAUCCAUAUUGUUCUUUGACGCUUUUCUGUCGUUUCUGCCCUGCCCCGGCCUGGCCCUGGGCCCAACUUUGCCGAACCUCGACCUGGUGUCGUGCCCGUUACGGCGUGACCACUAGCAUCGACCAAGGUACCACAAACACGGUGCGCCAUGUAUACCGUUGUAUCUGGUAUGGAUGCACAAUGCCACGGUCCUCUCUUCCACCCAUGGCUUGGAUCUUCCCCCAUCCAUUAUGGCUAGGUCUGGUUGCUGCCAAAAAGGGUCGUCACAAAGACAUGCCUUGUACCGCACCCUUGAACCUCUAGACCUGCUCAUAUACAUACUGCCUCUGCCCCCAUCACCACUCCUCCAGCCCAUUGUCCUGUCCCUUUCCCCCAGGAGCAAAGCCCAAGACUACCAGUGUUCUUCCUCCCUCAAAUUCUUUCUCGUCUUUCAAGCCUUUUCUUUCUCAUUUCACACACGUACACAAUAUACCAUGGCAGCUGCUACACUGCGGUCUCCCGUCACACCGGGGCUGACGAUAAAGACUGACUUUGAGAGCUGUGAUAGUUUCCCCACAUACAUAGACCCCUUUGAAGACUCUGACGAAACCUUCAUCGACGGAGCCAGCAUGCCUUCCUCGUCCUCUUCAAGUCCCCUCAACCCCAGCCAGAAGCUGGUCGAUACGGUCACAGAAGACCCUUCAAGACACGCCUCGCCCCAGCCCACCUCAGUUCACGUCCCCGCCCGCUCCGGACUGAACGGCAGCAAUGGCGUCGGUGGCAAUGGCUACAGGGUGAUGCGUUCGGCCACAGUAGGGUACAUUGCCCCCGAAUUCAAAGGCAAGGCGGAGCAGAUGAAGUCAGUCCGGGAUCUGAUCCUGAAGAACGACUGGAUUCCCGAGAGCCGGGUAGAUGCCCAGAUUGCGUGGUUCUACAACGACCUCGGCAUCGAUGAUGUAUACUUUGAACUUGAGACUACGCCUGUUAUUGCAGACCACAUUACUGCUCUCUAUGCCGCCAAGGUGGCCGCCUACUCUCGCAAGGACAAGCGGGAAGAGAUCCGGCUGGACAUGGAGGCCAGUGACCAUGCCAUCUACAUCGACACCAGCGAGCCUGGAAAGAGUGCCGUCGGUGGCCCUCGUUUCGAGACCAGGCUCGAAAACAAGUACCUGGAUGGUAACCUUACCGACCGAUUCCGUGUGGAGACCUUCCGUUCCUCGGGAGUCUUGGGAGACAAGGCCGAUGCCAAGGCCUCCCUCCGCUGUUACUUUGUCUACCAGUGUCAGUUUGUCGAGCCCAAAGCCGACCCCAAGGAAACCCGCCUGGAGGUCAUCAGCGACCGCAUGUUCCUGGCCAAGGCCACAGACAACACGAAGCAGAUGUACCGCGAGAUCAUUGAGGUCGCCGUCAGCCGCACGGGUCCGGUCAUUGAGGUGUUCGACCAUGCCGGGGCCCAGGAGAAGCGCCUUGUCGUGGCCUUCCGGUCACGCACCGCCAGGGGUCUUUUCAGUGCCCUCUCCGACCUGUACCACUACUACGGCGUGACAAGCUCCCGCAAAUACGUCGAGCAGUUCUCGAAUGGAAUAACAGUCAUGAGUAUAUACCUCAAGCCCGCGACAAACCUCGGCGGUGGAUACCCACCCUUCGACCAGUCCAUCCACCAAAUCAUGAAGGAGACGUCACUCUUGUACUGCAUCCCCCAGAACAAGCUGCACCCGCUCUUCACCUCGGGCCAGCUGAGUCUCCAAGAGGCCAUCUACGGCCACUGUGUCUGGGUGUUUACCCAGCACUUCCUGAAUCGCCUCGGGUCAGAAUACGUCUCUCUCUCAGAAGCUCUUGAUAUCAGGAAGACUGCGCACCAGGAAAUCCUGUCCAAGCUGAAGCGCCGGUUGAGGACCGAGACCUUCACGCCCGACUACAUCCUAGAGAUCAUCGCCUCGUUCCCCCAGCUGGUCAGAGCUCUGUACGCUUCAUUCGCCAAGGUCCAUCUCAGCGUCGGCCCAGAGUUUGAGCGACACACCAUCGACCCCACGCCCGCUGUGGAGAUCCUGUCUGAUGAGCAGCUCAAGACGCUCAUCACCAGAGAGGUCUCGACAGACCACGAGGAGAUGGUCUGGAAUGCCGCUCGGGCUUUCAACAAUGCCAUCCUGAAGACGAACUACUUCACCCCCACAAAGGUGGCUCUCAGCUUCCGUCUGGACCCAUCGUUCCUGCCAGAGGUGGAAUACCCCAAGAGGCUGUUUGGAAUGUUCCUCGUCAUCUCAGCCGAGUCCCGUGGAUUCCACCUUCGCUUCAAGGAUGUCGCCCGCGGUGGCAUUCGGAUUGUCAAGUCUCGGAGCAAGGAGGCAUAUGCCAUCAACGCUCGCAACAUGUUUGACGAGAACUACGGCCUCGCAAGCACGCAGCAGCGCAAGAACAAGGACAUCCCCGAGGGUGGCUCCAAGGGUGUGGUCUUGCUGGACCCCAAACAGCAGGAUAAGGCCCAGGAGGCAUUCGAGAAGUACAUUGACAGUAUUCUCGACCUGCUCCUGCCCGCUGAGACCCCCGGGAUCAAGAACCCGAUUGUCGACCUCUAUGGCAAGCAGGAGAUUCUGUUCAUGGGCCCAGACGAGAACACGGCCGAUCUCGUCGACUGGGCUACUGAGCACGCCCGUACUCGUGGCGCCCCGUGGUGGAAGUCCUUCUUCACCGGCAAGUCUCCCAGGCUGGGUGGUAUUCCUCAUGACAGCUACGGUAUGACAACACUGAGCGUGCGCGAGUACGUCAAGGGCGUCUACCGGAAGCUGGAGCUCGACCCAGCCACCGUCAGGAAGAUGCAAACCGGUGGUCCCGACGGUGAUCUGGGAAGCAACGAGAUCCUGCUCAGCAACGAGAAGUACACGUCGGUUGUGGAUGGCUCUGGCGUGCUCGUCGACCCCAACGGGCUCGACAAGGAGGAGCUCAUCCGCCUGGCCAAGCAGCGUGUCAUGAUUGCUCAGUACGAUCUGUCCAAGCUGUCCAAGGACGGCUACAGGGUGCUGUGCGAUGACUCGAACAUCACGCUCCCCAGCGGCGAGUUCGUCGGCAACGGCACCUCGUUCCGCAACACCUACCACCUCCGUGACACUGGCUUCACCGACAUGUUUGUCCCCUGUGGCGGUCGCCCCGAGUCGAUCGAUCUUGUCAGCGUGGCCAAGCUCAUCAAGGACGGCAAGUCGACGAUACCUUAUAUCGUUGAGGGUGCCAACCUCUUCAUCACCCAGGACGCCAAGCUGCGUCUUGAAGAGGCCGGGUGUGUUGUGUUCAAGGAUGCAAGUGCCAACAAGGGCGGCGUGACCUCGUCCUCCCAGGAGGUCCUGGCAUCGCUCAGCUUUGACGAGGAGGGCUUCGUCCAGCACAUGUGCCACGACGCCAAGGGCAACGCGCCCGAGUUCUACAAGGCGUACGUCAAGUCCGUGCAAGACAAGAUCCGCGAGAACGCCAGGCUCGAGUUUGAGGCCAUCUGGCGCGAGCACGAGGAGACGGGCCUCCCGCGGUCCGUCCUCUCUGACAAGCUAUCUGUGGCCAUCACCGACCUGGACGAGGAGCUGCAGCACAGCGACCUCUGGAAGAACAUCCGCAUCCGCAAGGCGGUCCUGCGCGACGCCCUCCCGCAGCUCCUGCUGGACAAGAUCGGGCUCGACACCGUCAUCGAGAGAGUGCCGGACUCUUACCUGUGCGCCAUCUUCGGCUCGUACCUGGCCAGUCGGUUCGUGUACGAAUUCGGCAGCCAGCCGAGCCAGUUCGCCUUCUACGACUUCAUGUCGAAGAGGAUGUCAAAGAUUGCACAGGAUUAGACAAAAGCUGCUUGAGCGGUUGGCUUCAUGUAGGACUGUACAAAUUGGGGUGUCUUUCUUUCGGCCACAGGAGUUUAUAGGCUGGUUGCAUUUUGGAUCCCAUCUUUUAGACUGCAAGACUUGUUUUGCUGCGCUCUAACCGGCCAGCACUGGGUCCGUCGACCCGUACCGCCACACGAGGCGGAUGAUGAAGAAUGAAAUGUCCCUUGACGAUUCUCUCAA